CCAUGCCAUUAAUAUUUCAGCAUCAGGGUCUCGCAGGCAUUGGCUGUCCUCUAAUGUGUUGCCUCAAUAAGAGAGCCAGGAGGGACGAGCCACUCACCCAGCCCUGCAUCUGGCAUUUGGCAGAGAAGUAAGAGCAGGAGUGAUUCCAGGAGAAGAGGCUGCAGAGAGCAGGCAGAGAACUCCUAUCAUCAGCAACUGCUAUUGCCAAGGCCAGCCAGCCAGCCGGGACACCAUGGACGUCUUUAAAAAGGGCUUCUCCAUCGCAAAGGAGGGAGUGGUGGCCGCAGCUGAGAAGACCAAGCAGGGAGUCACCGAAGCAGCCGAGAAGACCAAAGAAGGGGUGAUGUACGUAGGCACAAAAACCAAAGAAGGAGUGGUGCACAGUGUCACUUCUGUUGCUGAGAAGACCAAAGAACAGGCCAAUCUCGUGGGAGACAGUGUGGUGUCCAGCGUAAACACAGUGGCGAAGCAAACAGUGGAAGGAGCAGAGACUGUUGUAACCAGUACUGGUCUGGUCAACAAGGAGGAGCUUCAUCCAGAUCAACACCAAGACCAACCUGCUGGGUUUGGAGAAGAAGACAUCCCGGUGGAAGCCACAGAGAUUGAAAGAAAUUAACCUUCUUCACAACUUCUACUAUAUUAUGAAAAGUGAGAAGACCAGGAAGAAAUGCAGGCCUAUUAGAGGAUGCAACAGCAGGGAAAUCUUUCCUAGUCCUAAGUUAACUUCAUGCAGCAUGACCAAUGCUUGCUUAUCUAAUUCUCACCUAUCCUAGCUGGGUGGCAAAACUCUUGAUUGUACGUUUUAGGGCAAUUCUAUGUGUCUCCCUUUGUGUCUCCUUUGUGGCUUCCUUCUUUGCCCAUCUUUGAGCCUUCCAAAGUGUGGUUUCAGAGCCAUUUCACACCCUUGUGAUGGGAAUCACUGAUUCAUGUCCUUUCGGCUCAUUAACAGCAGCACUUGAUUUCCCUAGAAAGGGUGGACUUUUUUUUUAGAGACAAAAUAAAAACUUGUUUCAACUAA